AAAAUGCCAACCAACCACAUAAAUUCGAUCCACUUCCAUUCUCCUCCUUCAAGUUUUCUCCUUUUGUCUUUCCACCUUUGCAGAGUUACACCAAUCUUUUUCUAGUUGACAAAAUUGAAUUAUGGGGAAUUGCUGGACAUCUCCUGAUGAUCCUCAUCGCAACAAAUACAUACCUUCAACUCCAGGGACAUCUGGAAAUCACAGCAAUAACAUAUCCUCAAACACAAGCAGCAGUGGAGGAAGAAGUCAAUUUUCAGAAGCAUCAUCGAGCCCCAGAAUUAAAGAGUUACAUUCACAACAACCCAAUGGGCAGAUUUUGGAGUCACCAAACUUGAGAGUCUUCACUUUUACAGAGUUGAAGGCAGCCACCAGAAAUUUCAAGUCAGAUCAAGUGCUUGGUGAGGGAGGAUUUGGGAGGGUUUUCAAAGGUUGGGUGGAUGAGAAAACCCUUCAGCCUUCAAAAUCUGGUACUGGAAUGCUGGUUGCUAUCAAGAAAUUGAACUCAGAAAGUGUCCAAGGGUAUCAAGAGUGGCAGUCAGAAGUGAAUUUUUUGGGACGGCUUUCUCAUCCGAACCUCGUGAAGCUAUUAGGUUACUGUUUGGAAGACGAAGAACUACUCCUUGUUUAUGAGUUUAUGAAGAAAGGAAGUUUGGAGAAUCAUCUUUUCAGAAGGAGCGCGGGCAGCGAACUUCUUUCUUGGGACACACGACUAAAAAUAGCUAUUGGAGCAGCUCGGGGCCUGGCCUUCUUACACAGUUCAGAAAAACAAAUCAUCUACAGAGAUUUUAAGGCCUCAAAUAUAUUGCUUGAUUGGAGUUUCAAUUCAAAAAUCUCGGAUUUUGGCUUGGCGAAAUUGGGGCCAGCAGGUGCAGAAUCACAUGUUACGACUAGGAUCAUGGGAACAUAUGGUUAUGCUGCUCCAGAAUACAUUGCAACAGGUCAUUUGUACGUGAAGAGCGAUGUGUAUGGAUUCGGCGUGGUGUUGCUUGAAAUUCUGACAGGGCUACGAGCACUUGAUAUGCAACGUCCCAGAGAACAACAACAACUUGCAGAAUGGGCUAAACCACUUCUCUUACACAAAAGAAAGCUUAAAAACAUAUUGGAUGUGCGGAUGGAAGGCCAAUAUGCCUUCAAGGCAGCAAUGCAGGUAGCACUUAUAGCUCACAAGUGCCUAGAGCCGGACCCUAAAAGCCGGCCCUCCAUGAAAGAAGUUGUGGAGCAAUUGGAACAGAUUCAAGCAAUCAAGGAACAACCAAAGCAAUCCAAACUUACAUCUGUGCAAGCCACUUUUAAUUUUGGAGCCAAUAAACAGUCGCUUCCUCAUUGAUCAUAUCACUCUAGGUUUCAUAGCUCUCAAUGAGAUAAAAUGUGAUAGCGAUACUACAAGGUUUAUGUUGAUGUUCAAACAUCAAAUUGAAAAUGUUUGAACAAUCUCAUUCUUUAAUUUUGUCAAUUUUCAUAUUUAUUUUUAUUUAAUUGUAGCAAUUAUAUAUUGAAAUUCCUAAAAAUUUGGUUCUUGUAAUUAAUCACCAUUUGUGCUGGAUUAAA